CCUGUCUUUUUUAACAAUUUAAACCAUAACAAAAGAACGCGUUAUGAGCAGCAAAGGGAAUGGUAGGGGCGUUGAGUGGACUGAAUUAUAUGAGGCGUUAAAAAAUUACUACUACUCAUAUGAUAAACAGACCAGGAAGUUGUUUGAUCUCUUUUAUGAUUCUGUACGCUUUUUUUCACCUGAAGCUGUUACAAACGGCAUCCCUCUUUGCAUAGGAAUCUCAAAAAGAAACGGUCGAUAUGAAAUCAUACUGCCCACACACAUUUAUGAGCAGCUCUUGAUGUUUAUAGAACAAAGUAUUCCAAACAUACCGCCUUUUGAUUCGAAACUGCUAGCACAAAAUGAAUACGAAAUUGUAGAACGAUUUGAAGCUAAUACGUCCAAAGUUUUCUCUCGAUAUUAUCAAAAAGUCAAAACCAAGAAUAGACAAAUGGAAAGAUUGCAAGCAGCAAAAAGAGAAGCAUCUCAAGCAAAAGAGCUACUAGCGAGCAAGACAAAUAUAUUUGUUAGCAUUGAUAUUGAAGCGUAUGAAUUACAACAUUCAAUUUUACUAGAGAUAGGUUGGUCCAUGUACGACUCCAAAACAGGUCUCUUUAUGGAUCAACACUACAUAAAUGAUCAAUAUCGUCAUUUGAAGAAUAGCCGAUUUGUUGAUGAUCAGAAAGAACAUUUCAAUUUUGGUAUUUCUGUCUGGUGUAGCUUGGACCAAGCACUGGUUGAACUGAGAAAGGAUUUGGAUUGGGCUGUUGAGCGUGAUGGAGAAUUUAUUCUUGUAGGACAUGGUCUUGAUAGUGAUCUAAAAUACUUGGCUCAGCAAAAGUUCCAUUGGCCAGACGGAUAUGGAGGUGAGACAUUAGAAGUAAACAAGUCUGCCUGUAAAAUCAUUUUGAAUACAGACAAUAUUUAUGCUGCUUCUAUCAAUGAUCUUCAUAACCCUCCUUCAUUGGGUGGUACACUUAAUAUACUUGGUGUUGAUACAUGGAAUCUUCAUAAUGCUGGUAAUGAUGCUCACUACACGCUGUUAUUACUCAUGAAGCUUGCUGGAAAUUUUUCCUAAGAACAAAUAGUUUAAGACAAGUGAAUCCAUUGAAAAUAGCUUCAAAAAAAAUCUCAUGAUAAUGGCUUAUGAGCAACAGUUCAAUAAAGCGUAGAUGUAAAUCUCUCAA